AUGGGAAGAAACACCCUGACUUUUUUAAGUCAUAAAUUCUUUAGAAACCAUCUCGAGGAUUGUGUAUCAAUUGGUCGGCCAGUGUUAAUUGAGGAUAUUGCUGAGACAUUAGAUCCGGUUCUAAACAAUUUGCUGGAGAAGAAUUUCAUUAAAAUUGGAUCUUCGUUUAAGGUGAAAUUCGGCGACAAAGAAGUUGAUGUCAAUAAGGAUUUCAGAUUAUAUAUCACAACUAAAUUACCGAACCCAUCAUAUACACCCGAAAAUUUUGCUCGCACUUCCAUAAUCGAUUUCACUGUAACAAUGAAUGGCUUACAGGAUCAGUUGCUCGGCCGAGUUAUUUUGAUCGAAAAGAAUGAACUGGAAACUGAAAGAACUAAAUUAAUAACUGAUGUAACGAUCAAUAAACGAAAAAUCAAAGAACUUGAGUCUAACCUGCUUCACAAAUUGACUAUAGUGCAGGGAUCUUUAAUUGAAGAUAUCGAGUUAAUGUCCGUUCUGAACGAUACUCGUCGGACCGCAAUCGAGGUCAAUGAAAAGUUGCAUACAGCGAGGGAAACUGAGACAAAAAUAAAUGCUGCCCGUGAAGAGUUUCGACCAGUUGCAAUUCGAGGAAGCGUUCUAUAUUUCUUAGUUACUGACAUGGCACAAGUUAACUGCAUGUACCAAACAUCUCUGGCUCAAUUUUUGGAACGAUUUGACAUCUCAAUGGCACGCGGUGGGAAAAUUGUAAAAUCUUCCCUAACCGAGCUACUCAGCCCCCACACUGAAAUCCCACCGGUCACCCAUCGGCCUACCGAAGAAGGGAGGCUUCUCCUCGCUUCCCUGAGCCUAUUUAAGGUCGUGCACGACGACUUCGGCAUUAUUAUUUUGUAA